AUGAUCGAAUUCCUGGUUGAAUUGGAGAUCCUGUACGACGAAGGAGAGCACUACACAGAGCUCGGAAGUCGCCCACAAGACCCAGCAACACACCUCGAGCUUCAGCAGCAACACCAACACCCUACCACCACCAUCAACCUUCACAAUGGGCGACGCCGGCCCCAACGCCCCGAGGGGCUCCAGAAGUCCCUCGACACCACCAAAGUCAGCUACAUGCGCGUCGGCACCUCCGGCCUGAAACUCUCCGUCCCCAUCCUCGGCGCCAUGUCCUUCGGCCACAAAGACUGGCAACCCUGGGUCGUCGACGACCAGGCCGAAGUCGAGAAACUCCUCCUCGCCGCCUGGGACCGUGGCCUCAACACCUGGGACACUGCCAACGUGUACUCCAACGGCGUCUCCGAAAAGAUGAUUGGAGAGGUGGUCAAGAAGAACAAGCUUGAUCGGAAGAAGUUGGUGAUUUUGACGAAAUGUUAUGGGACGGUGGGGGAGGACCCGGCGACGAGUCAUAUCAAGUACCCGGAGUUGAAGGGGACGAAGGAUUAUGUGAAUCAGGGUGGGUUGUCGAGGGCGGCGAUUUUCAAUGCCGUGGAGGCGAGUUUGGAGAGGUUGCAGAUGGAUUACAUUGAUCUGCUACAGAUCCAUCGUUAUGAUUACGAGACACCAGCCGAGGAGACGAUGAAGGCACUGCACGACCUCGUACAGAGCGGCAAGGUCCGCUACAUCGGUGAGCGCCUCCUCAAUGUGGCCUUCCAACUAGCCGAGCUCCAAACCGUCGCCAAAACCAACAGCUGGACCCAAUUCAUCAGCAUGCAAAACCACUACUCCCUCUGCUACCGCGAAGAAGAGCGCGAAAUGAACAAGUACUGCCACAAAACCGGCGUCGGCCUCAUCCCCUGGGCCCCGCUUUACCGUGGCCACCUCGCCCGGCCCCUAGGCUCAGACUCCACGUCCCGCAACGACGCCUCCAAGGCGGCCGGCACGAAGAUGGACGCGGAUAGCCUGACGGAGGAGGACAAGAUUAUUAUUGGGAGGGUGGAGGAGUUGGCGAAGAAGAAGGGCUGGAAGAUGAGUCAGGUUGCGUUGGCGUGGACGGUGCAGAAGGGCGCGAAUCCGAUCGUGGGGUUUAGUGGGGUGGGGAGGUUGGAUGAGGCGGUGGCUGUGAAGGGGAAGGUGUUAACGGAGGAUGAGAUUAAGUAUUUGGAGGAGCCGUAUAAGGCGAAGAGUAUUGUUGGGCACUCGUGA